AGUGCUUCUAGAGGGUUUCGAAUUAGCUAGACUGCUAUGUAUGAAUUAUGAAAUAUACAUUUUUAAAUAAAUAAAUAAAUUAAUAAUGUUAGAUUAUAAAAUUUUAUUAACUCAUAAUUUUAUCAAAUUUUAAAACAUUUAAAGUUCUGUUUAUUAAAUAUUUAUAUUUUAAAGUAAGUGAAACAUUUGAUUAUAAUGUUGUAUUGAUUUAAUUUUAUAUAUUUAAAUUUAAUCUAUAUAUUUCAUUAGAUUAUUUGAAAAUAUUUUUUUGUAUGGAUGAUAAUAGUAUGAAAGUAUAUGAAUAUAUCUCUAACAAAACUUGCACCUUAACUUUUUUUUUUUUGUUGCACAUAUUAACUUGCACUAUAAAAAAAACAUGAACUGCAUGAUGAAAUGGAGACAGUACUUGAAAAUGACUAAGCUAUACGACAUAAAAUAACUAUAACCAGCACAUUUUGUAAACUUAAGAGAAAAAAAAUCAGCAUUUGUAAUAUUUUCUACGACACAGCAUUUUUAAUCUGUAUAUAUUAGAUUAAUUAACUUAUGUACUUGUAAUUUGAAAUCAUUUGAUUAACAAAGUCAAAUACUAACAAAAAGAAUAGACCUUAUACCUUUUCCUAUAUCACUAUUCCUAUAUCAUUAUAUCAAUGUCUUGGCUUACCACCUAUUCCGUUGGCAAGACACGUCGUCCAAGACCAUCCAUUGCUAUGUUAUCGCCGAACCUAUCUGUGUAUACUAGUGCUGAAUUGAGUUUCAAGUACAGAGACUAUCAUUGAUGACAUAUAUAUAUACAACUAUACAAGUGUUGGAUUGAGUUUCAAGUACAGACACACCUUUGUUGAGUCCAAAUGUGGCCAUUUGUGUAACGUGUAGAAACCAGCUCAACGUUAACAACUUAUAAUAUCAUCAUUUUUUUUGGAUACUAUGUAAUCUGCAUUUGUACAUCUGGUAAGGAUCCUGACUGUGACGUGAGCUGGAUAGAGCUUCAAUGGGUUCAGGUUGGUUCAGACGUAACUUGCAGAAAAGAGGCCCAUUGUCCAUUUCUGGAAACAAGACAUUGCCUCUCCGUUACGCUAAUUACAUUUUGGCAUACCCUUUCAAGUUUCAAAGCUGUUAACCAUCACAAUCUCUUUUUAAUGUGUUUGGUGUCUGCUUUAUUUAGCCUCGAAAUUCAAGUUUAUCCCUCAAUAUCAGUCUGAAAACGAUGCAUUAAUUAAUGUCUUUUGACUUUAUAGUAGUUUGUGUUUACUUUGGUCAUUCUUUUCUUAUUAUAUGAUUCACAAUUUUACAUUUGUAUUACCAUUGUUCAAGUAGGUAGGCCACUUUGAUUAAUUCACUAAUGGUACAUCAUCUUGAAUCGAUUUCCAUUUUAUUUUUGUAUACUUUUAAAGAAACUACACCAGCCCUAGAAUUUUCUAAAUCGACGAAUAUAUUUUAAAAGUAAAAUUGUGAAUGUAGAUAGCUAAAUACGUGCAAGUUAGCAUCCACCAACCCUCAUGGUAAAAAUACUAAUAACACGAAACAUUGAAUUUAAAAACAAAAGAAGCCAUAAAAGAUAUUAAUCCUUGACCAAGAUGUUUAGAUUUUGUCAAAAAGUAUCACUAGAGAGAAGAAGUUAGUUAGUGGAGUGUUUCAAAUGCUAAAGAGAAACCCACCAAAGAUGUGAGUACAAGUUGUCUUCAUGCAAGUAAAUUUGUUUGCCAUUAAAUAUCGUCUAACAUCUUAAUUAAUUUAAGCCUACACUAAUCUUUAUCUCUCUCUCUCUCUCUCUCUCUCUCUCUCUCUCUCUCUCUCUCUCUCUCUCUCUCUCUCUCUCUCUCUCUCUCUCUCUCUUCCACUUUGAUGAUAAGACAUCUAAAACCUAACAUGGAGUCUAGUCCCCAUCGCUCACAUCAUUGUUUCGAUAUUCUUGAAGGAAUGCCACCACAGGACGAUCAUUUCAACUCGUCAUUUCUACAAAACCCUAACUUCCAUGUCCAUUUGCAGUCUAUAUCACCAAACUUGUCGACCCGCAGCAACAACAACCGCUCUGAUCACUUAGACCCAAAUGGAGAACCCUUUUGCCACAGAGAGGGUCUUGAUCCAGACGAAAGAAGGGCAAGAAGAGUGGUCUCUAACCGAGAAUCUGCAAGAAGGUCUCGUAUGCGGAAGAAGAAGCAGAUAGAAGAGCUGCAGCAACAAGUGGAGCAGCUCAUGGUUUUGAAUCAUAACUUGUCUGAGAAAGUCAUUAAUUUGUUGGAAAGUAACCACCAGAUCAUACAAGAGAACUCACACCUGAAGGAGAAAGUCAAUUCCUUUCACUUGCUCAUGGCAGAAAUGCUAAUACCUAUGAGAAAUGUAGACGGCAGCAUCAAUGACCGCGACGCGAAUCAUCUCAGAGGAGAGACAUCGAACCGGACCAACACUUUCUUUGGCAGGCAUUGUACAGAGAUAGCCGGGUCUGCAUAGAAACGCGUGCAACGCACCUGAAAGUUUUAGCCAACUAAAACCCAAAGACAAAAGUAUUUCUUUGAUGUUUACUUGCUUGACGUUAUGGUUUCACCAUCUAUUGUUGUUCUCUCCUCAUAAAUAUUCACUGAGAAAAACGAAAUAAAAAAUAGCAUCCAAUAGAUGAAAUUAAACGUUCAUGAAAUUCGAGCAAAAAAAGAAGGAAGCAAUUACGUAUCCUACAUUGAUUUUAGUGUAAUCAUGCUCCUAAACUGACGACAGAUUGAGUUGGGCCUUACGUGAAUGAGUAGCUAUAGUAUACAGUGCAACGUUUACCACUCUUUUGAAUGUAACGAAUCAUAUAGCCAUAAUGUUUCCAUGAUUGCAAGAACUUUCAUAUUC